UGUUUCCGCCCCCUCCCUGGAGCGCGUGGACAUUUCGUUCUUUCAUUGGCUGUUGCUCCUGCAAGACCCGGAAGUGUUGCUGUCACAGGAUGGAAAGCUUUUAGCAGCUUUUUCAUUCAAAGAACAUCAUGGGUAACGCUGAGAGUGUGGUGGUGCAGAAGCGGCUGGCCCGUUUCCGUCCCGAGGAGCGACCCGUGGUUGAGGGGGUUUUUGACAAGCUCCAGGGUGGUGCUGGGGGCGCCGCAGGGAAGACCAUAACGCUGGAGAUGCUGCAGUCAUCAGUGGGCAGCGUGGCACCGGGCUCGAUGGUGAGGAGGGUCUACCGGUGCAUGUCCAGCAUCGACCCUGGACUGGCAGCUCCAACAGCCUCGGGGAAGGCCGGAUACGCCGGCCCCUCUGGAGUCAGCCGAGAGCAGUUGAUCGUCUUCCUUGCAGACACUCUGCGGGGAACUGCAGAAGAACGUGCCCCCCUCGUCAUGGCCAUGUCCCAGCAUGCGGCAGGGGCGGCAGCGGUUGUCACAUGUGAGCAGGUGGUGGAGUUCCUCCAGGACCUGGUCUCUGCUGUAGUUCAGAUUUUGGUCCACAGAGGACGCCUGCAGGGCUGGAAGCCAGAGAGGAUGGGUGACAUCUCCCUGGGUGUAAAACUCCUGGCAGAGCAGAUGUGCUCUGAGCUCAAACCAUCAGAUGAGGGGGAUUGUGAUGUUUCCUGUCUGGAAGACUGGAUCUUCAGGGUACAGCAGGUAUCACAGUACCUGGAGCUGCUGGUAGCUGAGGGACUGAGUGUGUCUUUGAGCAACCGGCCAGCCCCGACCCUGCUGCCCCCCUGCAGGGAGACGCCUUGGAAUGAACUGAAGUGUCUACUGGACAUCCCCAGCCUCAUGUUUCUGGCUCCACAGCUGCCAGAUGGCUACAGCGCCCCCUGGAGGCUUGUGUUUUCCACUCGGCUGCACGGGGAGAGCUUUACCAGGAUGGUGGCUGGCCUGAUGAAGCAGGGGCCCACCCUGCUGCUUAUCAGAGACACCAAGGGGCAGGUCUUUGGGGGCUUCGCCUCCCACACCUGGGAGGUCAAACCUCAGUUUCAGGGUGACUCCAGAUGCUUCCUGUUCACUGUGAGCCCCAAACUGAGAGUUUAUACAGCAACAGGAUACAACCAACACUUCAUGUACCUCAAUCAGAACCAGCAGACCAUGCCCAACGGACUGGGGAUGGGCGGUCAGCACGGCUAUUUCGGCCUGUGGCUGGAUAGUGACUUUGGCCGCGGUCAUAGCCGGGCACGACCCAAGUGCACCACGUAUGGCAGCCCUCAGCUCUCUGGAGACAAAGACUUCACUCUGGACUCCAUGGAAGUGUGGGCUGUGGGAAAACCCCCAGAGCCCGAGGAGGGUGAGGAGGGCGGAGCUAAGAAGAGCAUCCUGGAUGUGGAUCCAGAGGCCCAGGCCCUGAUGGAGAUCACAGGGAAGACCAUGCACAGUCAGGGCCUCAGAGAACCAGAGGAUGACCAGGAGUGACUGUAAACACACCCAGCUAUAUAUCGCUUCCAUUCAUGCCCCACCCCCCCAGUCUACCCAGUUACUACUAAUUCAUGUGGAUUUAAAGGGAGCUUAAAGGUGGUCUGCACAGUGUGGUUUGUCACCAGUGUGCAGGUUUCAGGCCUGCUUUACAUCAGCGAGAGCACGAUGGACGUGUUCACAUUUGAGCUGCACUGGAGUGAAUUCAUUUCAUCACUAUUAAAAAACACAGAGUGAAGAAUCAGACUGAAGGGACGUAGCUUGGAGGAAUAAUUCAGGGAAUUUACAACACUGGCGAUCACAGCUUCUUUUUCCUUCCUUUUUCCUUCCGGUAAAGUUCAUGAAGACAAGAAACAGAAACUUUGAUUACCUGUCUUACAAACUGGACACAUUCCUGGAUUUACUAUUCCUUACCAGUUAGCACAAAGUCCAAAUCCUGACUUGGAUUCUGGGCAGAUAAGAUGAGUAAUUAACAGCUUAAACAAAGACUGUGGAAUGCUGCAUCACAGCAGGCCUGUAGCGUCUGUGCAGAUGUGAUACUGUGAAUUUCAUCUUUUAAGUCACGUGUGAUUUUAUGCUUCAGUGUUUUAGACUGAUGAGCAGGUCUGUGGUUGAUCAGCGAGAGGAUCAAUAAAUCUCUAUUUAAUCUGUAUUAUAUUACUUAUAAAGUGAAAUAUUUCAAGCCUUUUUUUAUGCUUUACUUUGAUUUUUUUGGUGUUAUUUUCCUUCUUCCUCAUAUGAACAGCAGAGUGAGCUGGUCCAGAGAAGCUGCAGCACUUUACUUGUUGCACUAACUGGCUGUUAUUCAUUUAAAAGGCUGUUUUUGCAGCAGUUUACAGCAGCAGCUGCUCUGCUCCGGUGUGAAAGGUGAAGCAGUGUGUGAAGACGGGUGCUGCUCGCUACUUUAAAUGCUUCCAUAGUUGAUUCUUCGACUGUAUUUAAAAGAUAGAUGUAGCUGAAGUGUGUUAACCUUGCAUUCUGUCUGAUGGCCGGGCAGGGUAAAGUCUCAGAAUGAUGUCUGCAGACUGUAGAGGGAAAACAUCCUCCAGCUCCCUGGAUCUGUGUCCUUACUAAACACUUCCGAUGUGUAUUUAUUGUCUCAGUCACUAGUUUGAGCCCCUAAUAAAUAAAGCACAGUUAUGGUUCCCAAUAAGCUCGCAAGGAAUAAUAAAGUACGGUGUA